AUGCCAGCCGAAGCAUACGACUAUGACGACCCGCCUCCCCGCUCUCACGGGAGACGUCACAGAGACCGUCGACCACCCCCUCCAGACGACUACGAUGAUGACGAGCCUUACUACAGGCCGUCGACCAAGUCUCGUGACCCUCGGUACGACGAACCAAAGCUAAGCGGGACUGGUAGUCGAAGACACUACGAUGCGAGUGACGACGAGGAUGAUCCUCGAAGCAGGAAGCAUGAUAAGAAAGGUGCAGCAGAGCCCGAUAUUCCUCCACCGCCCAUUGGAGACGAUCGGAAGAGCAGCUCUCGCAAGAAACCUUUAAAUGAUGACGCUCCACCGCCUGGUGCCAUUCCUGUCCCGGGCACUGAAGCCGAUACGAAACCGUACAGCGACGAAGAGGCUCCUGCUCCCCGUAGAUCCCAUAAAGAAUCUCGAAGUCCUCGCACACAUCGAGAGCGUGACCGCUCAUACGAAGAAGAUCCUGCUCCUCGCAGGCCGCAUAAGGAAUCUCGAAGUCCUCGUGAUCAUAGGGAACGUGACCGCUCUUACGGCGCACCAGCCACAAUGCCUGAGCCAAAGAAGCCAUCCGAAGACGACCGCCGUCGAAGGCCUUCUAAACAGGACGACAGUCGUCGACGGCGCCCAGCAUAUCCGGAGGAUGACUCUGAACCGGAGUAUGAGAAACCCAAACGCAGAGAGAAACCAAGUCGAUACCCUGAUGAGGAACCGCCACGCCGGAGUAAACCAGUGAGAGAUCCUUACCAAGACGAACGUCGACGAAAGCCCUCCCGACAAGAUGAUACUCACAGGCGUCGUCCCGCAUAUCCGGAAGAUGAUUCGGAACCCGAGUAUGAGAAGCCCAGACGCAGGGAGAAGCCAAGUCUGUAUGACGAUGGUUACGGAACCGACAGACCACGAAGACAGCCCCGGGACGACUACGACCGUGGCUAUAGAACUGACGGGCGCGAUUCAAAGCGUGAUCGCUAUAGAGACGAUGAUAGACGUGGACCUCCAAGGCGCGAUGACAGGUACCGGGAUGAUUAUGAUGACUAUGAUCGCGGUCACCGAGGCAAUCGCCGAGACCGCAAGUCUAACGGCAACAAGUUGGACAUUGAUGGUAUGAUGGCGAAGGGCCAAGAGAAUUGGAAAAAGGUUGCGCCUGUCGCAAAACCUUUACUUUCACAGCUCGCCAAGACGUAUCUUCAAAAUGGCGCUGGUGGCCGCGCAUGA